AUGGCACGGAAAUUGCCCGACUCCUACGCAUCCCCAGACAUUACACUCGUCAACCUCACACAUCUUCUUGCUCGCCUCGAAAACAACCUCAUAUCUCCAUCUGCAGAUCUCAAACUCGUACAUCGAUCUCCCUACCAUCGAGCUAGAGUUGGCGCUAAUAUCGAGUACUCGCGGACCCUGCUCAUGAAACUCGAACUCUCCCUUCCAAACAUCAAAAUCCAAGCUCGCAAACUCUCUCUCCAAACAAACCUUGCCCAUAAGCGACAACAAAUUAAGGCCCUUAAAGCCCGGCUAGAUGAAAUCACAGCCAUAGCCGAAGCGGAGCCAGAUACUCAGACAUUCUCGUCGGACAAUGAAGAAGAUUUACUACCAACACCAAGCGAUAGCACACCAGAAACCACAUCUCCGCCGCCGCCAAAAUACUACCCAAGAAGGUAG